UUGGCGUUGACAAUUCCCCAUGUCAACCGACUGUCACUGACGUCACGCUAUGCGGGGUGCAUAAUGCGAUAAACCGGUAUCGAAAAGGCCCCAAUUUAGCAAUAAACAAAUUAGUUAAUUUGGCCGCAGCGACCAACUCGCAGUAUUUCGCGUCCGUGGUUUCCGGCGCUUUCGCACCCAUUUUGCGCGAUUUGUGAUGUGUUCAUUUUUAUCUAUGGGCGUGGUGAACCAACAGAGGUGAAUGAGUGAAGUGCUGAAUAAUUGAAAUGUUCAUGCAGGAAAACUGCUAGGGUAAACUAAUGAAUUGGUCGUUUCCGCUCCAUCGCAAGUGAGCUUUGAAACGAAGAUGGAUAGCCAAGGCAGGAAAGUGAUAGUGUGUGACAAUGGCACGGGGUUCGUCAAGUGCGGGUACGCCGGAAGCAACUUCCCCGCGCACAUUUUUCCCUCAAUGGUCGGGCGGCCGAUUAUCAGGGCGGUGAACAAGAUCGGGGAUAUUGAGGUUAAGGAUUACCAUGUAGAUGACUUGAUGGUGGGAGACGAAGCCUCUGCCCUAAGAUCGCUCCUCGAAGUAAACUAUCCCAUGGAAAAUGGCGUCGUGCGGAACUGGGAGGACAUGUGCCAUGUGUGGGACUACACAUUCGGGCCGCGAAAAAUGAACCUGAACCCAACCGAAGCCAAAAUCCUAUUAACUGAGCCCCCCAUGAACCCCACCAAAAACAGGGAAAAGAUGAUUGAGGUUAUGUUCGAAAAGUAUGGAUUCGCAGGGGCGUAUAUUGCGGUUCAAGCCGUAUUAACGUUAUACGCGCAGGGGCUUUUGUCGGGUGUCGUGGUCGAUUCUGGCGAUGGAGUCACCCAUAUUUGCCCGGUUUAUGAAGAAUUCGCUCUGCCGCAUUUAACUCGACGUCUAGAUAUAGCGGGCCGAGACAUCACCCGGUAUUUAAUUAAACUGUUGCUGCUGAGGGGCUACGCGUUUAACCAUUCCGCCGAUUUCGAAACAGUUAGAAUCAUGAAAGAGAAACUAUGUUACAUUGGCUAUGACAUAGAAACCGAGCAACGCUUGGCCCUCGAAACCACAGUCUUGGUGGAGCCGUACACUCUCCCAGACGGGCGCGUUAUCAAAGUCGGCGGUGAAAGAUUCGAAGCACCAGAAGCCCUCUUCCAGCCCCAUUUAAUAAACGUGGAAGGACAGGGCAUAGCCGAACUCGUUUUCAACACCAUUCAGGCCGCAGACAUCGACAUGAGGCCCGAGCUUUACAAGCACAUAGUCCUUUCAGGGGGUUCCACCAUGUAUCCAGGUCUUCCAUCACGCCUCGAGCGUGAAAUUAAGCAAUUGUAUUUAGAGCGCGUACUUAAAAAUGACAUAGAAAAGUUAAAUAAGUUCAAAAUCAGGAUCGAGGAUCCGCCGAGGCGCAAAGAUAUGGUGUUCAUAGGAGGCGCCGUUCUAGCCGAAGUCAUGAAAGACAGGGACGCGUUCUGGAUGUCGAAGCAGGAGUACGAGGAGCAGGGCUUGAAGGUUUUGAAGAAACUGGGCCCCAGGUCGGCGUAAAUUCAUGUGCUAUAGCUUUAAUUGCUGUAGUGGGGGUCCGUCGCUCUGAGGCGCCCACUAAGUUUAAAUUUGUUUAUACACAUAUUAUUCAAUUUGAUUUGUACGAAUGAAACAUUUUUAUUAUUUUCAUACUUUAAAUUAAUAAUAGGAGUGAAUUGAUAGCUUGUUUUAAUAAACUAAACUUUUAAGUA